ACCACCAAGAUGCGCGCAGUAUUAAUUUUUGUGGCGUUGUUCGCCUAUACUGGUGCGGUUUCGUUCAGCAAUCUUGGUAAAGAAGAAUGGUUUGCCUAUAAAAUGGAAUACAAGAAGCAGUACUCAAACGAAGUAGAAGAGCGUUACCGUUGGAAAAUCUUCAAUGACAACAGAUUGAAGAUUGCCAAGCACAAUCAAUUAUACGCAGCGGGCAAAACUUCAUUUAAAAUGGCAGUCAACAAAUAUAGCGACAUGUCACACAAUGAAUUCCGUGGAACAAUGAAUGGCCACAACAACACGCUAAGAAAGCAACAACGCAGUAGCUACCGAAAACUCACCGGCGCCACUUUCAUUGCACCAGCCCAUGUUACUGUUCCGACAUCUGUGGACUGGCGUUCGCGCGGUGCUGUUACCGAUGUCAAGGAUCAAGGUGACUGUCGCUCUUGCUGGGCUUUCUCCACAACUGGCGCACUUGAGGGUCAGCAUUUUCGCAAAACAAAUAAACUAGUUUCGCUGUCCGAACAGAACUUGGUCGAUUGCUCUGGCAAAUAUGACAACAAUGGUUGUAAUGGUGGUCUGAUGGAUAACGCUUUCCGUUAUAUUAAGGAUAAUGGUGGCAUAGAUACGGAGAAAUCCUACCCGUAUAAGGGUAUUGUUGAUUCCUGUCACUAUAAUCCAUCCAGUAUUGGUGCCACCGUUCGCGGAUUUGUCGACAUUCCAGCCGGCGAUGAGGAGAAAAUGAAGCAAGCUGUUGCCACCAUUGGUCCAGUUUCCGUUACUAUCGAUGCUUCGCAUGAAUCAUUCCGAUUUUACUCUGAAGGUGUUUAUAAUGAACCAGCUUGUGAAGCACAGAAAUUACAUCACGCUGUUUUGGUGGUAGGCUAUGGCACUGAUCCCAGUGGACAAGACUACUGGCUGGUAAAGAACUCUUGGGGCACUGCCUGGGGUGACAAAGGUUAUAUUAAGAUGGCGCGCAACAAGAAAAAUCAGUGCGGUAUUGCUACAACCGCCAGCUACCCACUUGUUUAAGUUGUAAAUUUUCAAACAUCACAAAAAAUUUGGAAAUACAUAGGAAUCAAAAUUUGCGAAUUAAUAUUUUUUUAUAAACUACAGUGAAUUUUUAACUUCUAUAUGAAGCGUA